GCAAGGCAUAGCAUGGCUGAACAUCUGAUUUAUCUAUUCUCACUUUCGCAAACAGCUUGGGGAAUAACCCUGACAUAUUCCAAGUGAGAUAUUCUCGCAGGACAACAAGCACCCACUUCUCCCGAUGACCAAAUUGAUACGUGGGAGUUUAUGGAAAAGUCUCAGACAGCGUCAGAGCGUGACAUAAUGACUCAGCUUGUAGGCGGCCUCUCCACCGCGUCAGAAGACCCCACCAGUUUUGUCUGAAGUGAAAGCAGACUGCUGGCCCAUCUUCGGGCUUCACUACAUGUCGGGACAGCACCUACACGCAUGCAAACAUGCACAGAGAUCUGAGUUCUUUUUCUAAGCGCAAAAGGCUGAAUUUCAUGAGCUGGAUCUGAAAAACCUUGGACCCUUGCUCCAUAUGAGGAAGAAAAUCAUCAGCACAACUUGUGUCCUCUUGGGUCUGUUUUCAAGUUUGCGUCUCUGUUCUGGGAAGUUUGGAACACCAAUAACUGAUGAUGUGAGCAAGCUGUCCAUAUUGAAGCAGAAUAUCCCCUCUGAUUAUGAGAUUCCUGUCAGUUACAUUCCCAAAGAGGUGGCCGGCACAUGCUGGGUGGUUUUAAAUAUCUAUCCUUUGGAGCAAAGUCUUCGAAAGCUGGCCAGCAUGUUUGGUGCCAUGUCCUCCAACAAAGAUAACAUAAUCGUCUUCAUUGCAAUGCUGAAGAGCUUACGCUUCACCUUUGACCACGAAGAACUGGAAACAGCAAUGCAGGUCUUCCAGUGUCACUAUCAAGAAAAGAGCUUACUGUCUGGACUUUACUUUGACUACAUCCAAGACCUACUAAAUGCUGCAACUCAAGGAACAUCAAGCUUUUCAUGCAAGCCGCCACCAUGCCUUAAUCAUCAACAAACCCCAGAAGGUCAAGAGGAGAGAUACAGCUGGUUAAAGAGGAGCCCCUUGCUUUUGGUGAUAAUCCCAUUCACAGCCUGUGUUGUGCUAAUAGUUUGGCAGGUAAAGUCUGGGAGACGCCUACUAGCGUGCAACACUUCAAAUGGCCAAGCCGCAUCUCCUGAUCCCAACAUGAUCCCAACUGUGUCUGUCUCCAUCCCACUUCAAGCACUCGCCCACGCCGCUGACAGCCAGCCAACGGGGGAGGCAAUCGCUGAUCAUGAGAGUGGAUGAAGCGUGAUGCAGCGCUGAAAAACAAAAUUAGUGUGGUCUGUCACUUUUUCCUGCUCAAGCGCCAGAGAAACUGGACGAGAGAAAGCUGAGCUGGUAAAAAAAAAAAAAAAAAAAAAAAAAAGCAAGGUGUGCUGGCAAAAUUCCCCCGGCUCUUCAGUCGGGACAAGAGUUAUCUCAAUAGUUGGUUCACUCCAUAACUGCCUGCUGCAGUAAAAACAUGAUCUUGUCUUGGCUGGUGAACGCCAGCUCUUGGCUGGUCUGCUCCGAGAAGCUAAAAGCCACUUUAAUGUCACUCAGAGGGGUGGUGGGUCUCAUUUGGGAGCUUAUCAACAGAGCUUCACAUCAGCACAAUGCCAUACAGUUUGGAGAACCUUGUUGUUUUGAGAUGGAACGACCGCCCUGAUGUCAUGGUUGUUGAAGUGAAUGUCCUUUCAUUUCUCUACAGAUCUCCUGGGCUGAAUUCUUUGGAAAUCUUUUAAGGAGUUCAUAGAAGAAAGUCCAUUCCUACAAAAGUCCUCUGUCAAAAAAAAAAAAAAAAAACCCACAAAGAGAACUGAUCCAACUUCUCUUCUACUUGUUGACAUUGUUGCGUUCUGUUAUCUGUCACAAAUUAUGGACCUACUAGUCACAAACAUCACUCUGAGUAGUUCAACAAAUGUCCGACUUCAUGAAUCAAUGAUCUGACCAGAUGGCAGAUAGCCAUGGCCAGCGGCCCUUUGAAUCCGGUCAUUGUGCUUUCGAAGCUGUCGCACAGUGAACUAUUGCCGCUCCUCAGCCACUGCGAGUGUGUCGGGAGGUUUUUUAAUGCCUCGGCUACGGAGUCAAUCACUUUCAGUCAUUAGAGCAUGACUCUCAGAGCGUAUAAGUGCUCUUGUGCUGUAUGUGUGUCAGAGAGCGUGAGCAAGAGACAGGACAGGCACGGCAAGAGAAAGCGAGGCAGAUAGAGACAGACAGAUAGAUGAACGGAUGAGCUCAGUGAGGAGCAUAAGGAGGGAUUGUUCCCAUCACAAAAGAGCAGGCCGUAGGCUGGAGGAAGUGCCAGUUACAAAUAUGACCAAUGUCGACAGAUCUCUAUGAAUCAACAGGCUAAGAAUCUCAGCAGACCGCGGGCUAUUUAGCUGAAUCUGCAGAGACUGGCCGGCAUUUCAAUAACAGUUCGCAUGAUUUAUUUCCAAAACAGGCCAAUGACAUGUAGCUUGUUCUACAGUGAAAUGUUUUGGAUGAGGUUCAAAACCAAAAACUUUUCAUGAUCUCCUGAGUGUGGCCCUACUAUAUUGAUGACUUUUAAUUUUGUUAUGGUAAAAAGAAAAAUGUAUGUGUGAUGUUUAAGUUAUUUUACACUUUGAAUGUCUUGCAAAAUCUAAUGAACCUUUUCUAACAUUUGCAACAACAGACCUAUUUCAAAUGUAAACACUUUAGGGUCAGGUUUCUUAAGCUGCAUUACACGCAAAGCUGGUUUCACUUGGGCUACCUUUAUGGACCGCCUACACUACUCUGGAUUUUAUUUUCUUAAUACAAGUUUUUUGAAAAAUCUGCAUGGUUUAUACUCUAAUGAUCUAUUCCAGUCAAAAAUGCUGCAACACUAAUGCUGCACCACUAGGUGGCAAUAUUGUUACUGUUAACUAAAUUAAAUUUCAAGAGAGCAAGAUCCUGUCCUGAUCAUGGUUAAUGGUACAUGGGCUCCAUCCUGAUACCCUUAUUAAGUGAGGACUCUUUAGCCAAAGCUGAAGUGCGUCAGCGGUCGCUGUGAUAAGUGCUGUCCGAAUAGUGCAGUCAGUAAGGAAGGAGGCAGGAAAAGGAGCCUGUAAGCUUCCUCUAAUGGCUAGUUUUGUCCAUAGUUUUGCCUAGGACCCCGCGACGUCCCUUACCGGAACUAAGAAGCCUUAAGGUAUCCCACAAUCCUUUGCGUGACAUGACUUAUAAGUACAGCCACAACAAUUGUUGUCAAAUCUGGGCCUACAGCCUUCCGAAAAUGAACUACAAAAUGCUUGCUCUCUUCUCCCUAGACAUAUUCGUUGGGGCUGUCCUUAUACGUCAUGUCACGCAAAGGAUUGUGGGAUUCCUUAAACCUCCUUAGCGGCAGUAAGGAAAAGACAUAGAGGUAUUCGGAUGGAGAUCUUACCAGUUAGACUGUUUUGAGAUGCAAUCAUGCUGUUUGUACUUGGGAAAACACAGAGAUAACAGAGCAGCCCCAAGUUCAGUAUACAAAAGAGCUGUAGUGCUUAUUAAACAUUUAUUGGUGCUCCAAACAGUUUGUAUAUAUUUAACUCAAGAGUCAUACCAAGCAAUGGACAACCUCUGUUUGUGGACAUUUUCAUAAAGUAUUUGAAUGCAUAAAAUGCAGCUAAUUACAUUGUUAUCAUCUUAUAAUGUGUACAGUAGUUAGCAGCACAACAAAAAGCAAAUCCCACCAGCACUGACUUAGGCAAAUGCAGCAGAAAGCCGGGCUGGUUUAGACAUUCUCCCAUAAUAGUUGUUCAUGUUUUCCUUUAGACUGUUUACUCUUUUCUCUAAGUCAUCAACAUCUGCAGCUUACAUUUGAAGGUACAGAAACAGACUCAGGACAAAGUAAGACAGAUGUGACUCUUUUAGGCCCAGAAUGCCAAACUGGGCAUGUGCAUAGAGAAGGUGAUGGUCAUUUAGCCCCUUUUCCAUUUUGUACCUUUGUAGUUUUGGUCGCUUUGUGUCUGGCUUUUUUUUUUUAGCAUGGACCUGUUCUGUCUGAAUGAUAUUUUGUGUCAGUUGUACAACCAUUUGUAAAUUUGUACACACCAAGGAGACAGCUUAUACCAGGCAGCUGUAACAAGCAAGGAUUUAAACUAAUCAACUUUCAGGAAAUAAUGACCCAUGACUCCAUGAUGUUAUAUUUUGUGAUUCCACUGUCCUAAACACUACAUUUUUGGGAGAUCUUAAAUUUUAUUUGAAUUUCAUGUGAGAUUUCCUAACUUUUUACGACCAUUAAUAUCCAUAAAAUUUAUGAAAACGCUUCAGUACAACCAACUAAACUAAUAGGCCAUGGUUUAAGUACAUUGGUACAGAAUAGCUUGUUAACAGAAAUGAGGAAUAACAAAGCUAAAAUAUGGCAAUGUGAGGCCUCAAAAUUGGGGUUUGAAUUGUCCAAUGGGCGUAUUGACCAGGAGAUGCAAACAGGGACCCCUAUAGUCAUUGUUUUUACUGUUCUCCAGAUAUCCAGCCCAGACUUAUACACGAUAAACUGAAUGUAUGAAUGUAAAUAUUGAUUUGUAAAAUCUUUAUCUUAGUGUUUGUCACCAAACACUGCUGUUUUGUAUGCACAGGAGAGGGAAAUGGAGAACAUAACCAGUUUUCAAUAUAUACCGGGGUAAAUAGGGGAAAAAUAACAGCGAUGUAGAUUUAAUUGCGCCCAACAGCCAAAAAGGAGGGGUUUUCCCAGAUAUAUUGAUCUUUGCUUCACCAAAAACGUAUGAACUCCCAAUGCAAAUUGAAGCAGAUAACAGUUCACCAACGAACGUGGUGACUGCUUAUGCUAUAUUCUCUUUAUCUUUAAAGACGUAAUUUGGAUCUGGGGAUAUAGUCAAAGCCAACUUAGCCGUGUUUAAGUUCAGUAUCUAAAAAGUGGGACGAAUACCUGUGCUUAGUGACCAAUCUAAACGCUGUUACCAUUACAAGCUUAUCCUGAUCCAUUUAUCUGCAUGUUUGUACUGAGUAAAAACUGUUGUAAUGUGUUCACUGAAUGAGGUUGCAGAGUAUGUUGUUUCUGAAAGAAAGAUAGAAAUAACUGCAAGAGCAAAAACUGUUCAGAGAGCAUUAAAUGCAAAGUAACAAUGUUGGAUUUCGAGAUCAG